CAGGCCUACAGCGGCGAGGGCUUCUAUGCCGAGACCAUCCAGGACGACAGCGCGCGGGUGGAGCGCCUGUUCCGGACAGCGGCGGACAGGGGCAUCGGCCUGGCGCAGCGCAGCGUGCCGCUGUGCACACUGCGCCGCCUGCUGCUGCGUGGAAGCUGCCUAGUCAUCGCCCUGGUGGACAAGCUCACCCUGGGCAGCAGCUCAAGUGGUACCACGCCUGGUGGCGGCAGCAGCGGGCGCGGUACCGCGGAUGGCCCCGCCCCCGUCGCCCCGUCGCCCCGUCCCGUCGCCGGCGCCGCGGCCGACGGCAGCGGCGGCGCCAGCUCGGCAGCUCGACCGGGCGACACCGGAUCCGCAGCAGCAGCGGCGGCGGCAGCGGCGGCUGCAGCGGUGGCGGCGGCGGCAGCAGGAGGGGGCACAGGCGGAGGAGGCGCGGAAGGGGGGGCCGGCCCCUACCUGGGACACUACAUUGUGCUGUGCGGCUACGACAGCGCCGCCGACGAGUUUGAGCACGGCCACCGCGAGGGGCACCAGAGCGGCUGGCAGCAGGGCCACCAACAAGGCUGGCAGCAAGGCCAGCAAGCCAGCUGGCAGCAGGGCUGGCAGCAAGGCAGCCAGCACGGCUACCACCAAGCCUUCCAGCAGCUCAUGGACCGCUUCCAGCAGCUGAGCCCCCCACACCCCCGCCCACCAGUCCAGCCCCCCAGCCUGGGUGCGCAGCAGCAGCUGCAACCGCCGGAGGCCGCAGAGGCCGCCAACACGGCAGCACCAGCGCCGGGGGCACCGCCGUCGCAGCCGGAAGCCGAAGAGGCCGCCAACACGGCUGCGCGGCUGGACCGGCAGCCCCCACCCGACCCCACCUUCUCCCAAGAGGCGGCAGCGGCAGCCGCGUCUUUCCUGGCAGAGCAAGCAGUUGCAGCACCGGCGGCCGAGGCCGCCGCGCCUGCAGCAGCAGCGGCGCCGACGGCAGCAGCGCGCACGCCGCCGUUCCCACCCAGCAGGUCCAGCCAGUACGACGUGCGCGAGGUGCGUGACCACCGCGAGCACAGCGGCAAGCGCUUCUACCUGGUGGACUGGCAGCCCAGCUGGAUGGAGGAGGCCGCAAUGACCACAACGGCGCGGGCAGGGUACUGGGCACAGCGUGGCAUGCACGGCGACGAAGACGCGGGCUGCCCUGCCCGCCGCAGCAGCGACACGGCGGCCCCCAACUCCCAUGGCAGGCAGCUGCUCAGCCUCUGCCAAAGCAGCGCGGCCCGCAUCUGCAACGGCAGAGUGCCGGGCACCACCAGCGGCGACGCCACCAGCUUCGGCAGCCGCGGCUCCGGCAGGGCGGUGGUUGACUACUGGCUGGCCAGCGCCAGCCUCCUGCCGCGGCUGCCCACCAUGGCGGUGGACAGCUGGGGCCUGGCAGCGCAGCACUCCGACCACGCAACGCUCCUGCUGGAGCUAGCAGCACCCCCGGCGGUACAGCGGGACAGCACGGCGCAGCAGGAGCACACCUCCGCACCCCCGCAGCAGCGCCAAUUCGAGCUGGGGACAGCUGAGCAGCUGGCAGCAGCCGUGGCGCUCCUCGCAGGCACGCAGAGGCAGCUGGAUGCCCUGGCAGCGGCAGCGGAGUCAGCGGCCAGCCCUGCAGCCCUGGAGCAGCUGGCAGCGGCAUUUGCUGAGCUCAUGGUGGAGACCCUGGAUGGCGCAGGCAUGCGGCAGCGCAGCAGCAACGGUGGCGCCCAGCGACCACACUCCCUCCCCCGCAGCCUACAACGGCAGUACGGCAUCCGCGACGCAAGAAGGGCGCAACGCAAUGCGGUGCAGCAGGCAGCUGUUGCGCAGCAACGUGGCAUCGGCCCUGAGCAGCAGGACGCAGCCCUGCGGCGGGAGGUGGGACGCUGCCGCAACCGCCUGAAGCGCCGGCUGGUGGCAGCGUGGCACAAGUGCCAAGCCCUCCGCGGCGAGAAGCUGGAGCAGCUGGCCAAAACGGACCCACAAGACUUCUUCUUCAGGCUCAAGCCCCAAGCCGCCAAGCAGCUGAACCUGGUGCCGGAAGACCGCGAGACCUACCUGGAUGCAGUACGGCGUCGGCAGGACCGCGAGGCGCUGGCGCAGCUGCGCACCGGGUCGCAUUGGGGCGCGGAAGAGACCGGCCGCUGGACGCGGCGCCCCCGAGAGCAGCGAGUCUGCCCCCACUGCCACGACGGCAUUGAAGAUGCCCCCCACAUGCUGCUCACCUGCCCCCUUUACGCCCCGCUGCGCCUCAACUUUCCUGACCUGUUUGCUGAGCCCCAUCCUCCCCACCGCUUCCUCCGCCAGAAACCGUGCCGCCUCGCCGCCUUUGCUGCCGCCUGUCACCAGCGCUGGCUGACCGCCACCGUUGCGCUGCCUGCAGUCCCGCCCUGAACCCCCACUCUCAUGUCCACCCCCUUUGCUCUUACCGCACCACACCUGCUCCACGACAUGCAGUACUGCCUGCCCGCUCACACACUAAACGCUCGGUGACCUGUCAGUUGGCCUGUCCUGCCUGUUGUUCUACUGCUUCAUCCCUCCUUGCUCGAACAACAAAGUCUGUGCUGCAAGCUUGUUCUUGCUGAAACCAGACUGUAAGCCCACACAAGC